UGACCUAGUUAGCUGACCUUAUAUCCCAUGAUGCACCGCGACCCAAUGUUUACAUCCAGCUCGGCCGGCGUGACCGCGUGUAAGUUGCAGACAGCGUCGAGAAAUUUCUACAUGUCGCUAACAUAUUAUAAAAGCUUCGACUAGACUCCAACGGCGUUAGACAUAACCGACUACAGCGUAGACGGAAGACAGACGACAUAAGCCUGUAUAAGCGAGCUUUAGUCUUUCACGCACAGCGUUGAGAGUUUAUCGUUCAAGUCAAGUCAGCCGGCAGUAUAUUGUGUGUACCAGGCCUGUAUAGAACGUGUGUUGCAACCUAUACCACUCCGUUAUCAUGGCGCUUUCAUUGUUUGUACCCUAUGGUUAUGAAGAUGAUUUGCUGGGGAGCUGGGCAUCUGAAAUUCAGCGAAGGAACAACCAAGUUCGUCGGGCGAAUAGCCCACACAACAGAAUGGCGCAAACUCAGCCGUUGGACAUCGGCUUGAAUGAGGCAUUCAGAAUGGACAACCCCAUCGUCACCGACAAAGACGGCAACAAGAAAUUCCACCUCGAGUUCGACCUGCGUCAGUUCAAACCUGAAGAAAUCAACCUGUCCACUGCCAACAACGUGCUGACCGUUGAGGCGAAGCAUGAAGAAAAAAGCGACGGUAGAUUGUCGUAUCGGGAAUACCGACGUCAGUACACCAUUCCUGAAGGCGUCAACGUGGAAUCGCUCAAGUCCAAGCUGAACCAAAACGGCGUCCUAUCAAUAGAAGCCCCGGUACAGAAGAAACAAGACGUGGCCAUUCCCAUUAAACACAAUUAAGUGAAUCUGAACGGCAUACAUGGUGUCUGUUUGCCAACAGCGAGUGAGUGUACAGACAUGGCUUUGAACCGGUCAGCUCAGACAAGACAUUGCUUCAAAACCGUAAUAUGGUUGGACCCUUGACUUUGUUUAAGUGUGUAUUCUCUUGAGUUUUGCCUUAAUGUAAGCUUCUGUGUGUUGCUUUUAGUGCUCUGUUUAUAUCAUGAAGUAAAAACAAACUGUUAGCAUGCAAAAAGGAUGUAUUGAAGAUCAAACAAAAAUGCUUAUAUUAAAGAGACCUUUUUGCAUAACGUAGAGAAAUAUGGUAAAGUAAUGUACAGCCAGCAACUCUAGAAAGUUAUUGUGUAAGCUGUCAAUUCGUGUUCUGCAUAUACAUUCGUAUUGCACAAUGUUUUAGGCCAUGGAGUGCAAAAUGAUCUUUAAUGUUUUCCCCUUAUAUACAUAUUCUAUUAUGUAAAAUUUCAAAUGUUUGUCAGUAUUUUUUAUAUAUAUAUAUUCGUACAUGCUUGCUUCUCAAAAUACAGGAGUUAACGAACAGUAUUGAGUUCUUUUAAUACUUUUUUGUAAUUUGCAAUACUUAGUUUAUGUUAGUGUGGAUGCGAAUGUGCAUGGUGGUGAAAGUUAAGUCUUCAACUAAUUAUAUAAAUUGAAAUUUGUUACAGCGCUCCAAAAUAAAAUAUUUGGGCUGAAAAUGAAAA